AAGGAAGAGCCGCGACGGACCCAGCAUUGGUUUCUUGACUUGGCUUCUGGAUCUUUCCUUCUUUUCUGUUGUCACUUCUCUUGCUCAAUUGCUUUUUGGGUUGUUUGUUUUUAAAAAAGGAUCACCAUGAGCGACACGUCUACUUCCAUGGUUACCUUGGCAGGCACCAUUGCCUCUCUCGUGUUGGCGGCGGGUCAGUUUGACAAUCACUUGUGGCGCAUUAUUUGCAUCUUCGGUGGCAGCAAGAUCCUUCCUGUGGUCUAUGGCGAUCAAGCGUGGUAUGUGCAGUGGUUGAUUAGUUUGGCGGUGAAUGCCGCCAUUUGGUGGAUUCCUCAUCUUCGAACCGCAUACAAGCGAUCGGGAUGUGUCGUCAUUACUGGCGCCGACAGUGGCAUGGGACAAGCGACCGUUUUGUAUUUGGCCGAAACCAAUGACAACGCCGCAAAUAAUGGUUCGUACGACAAGAUUUUCGCCGCCGCCUUUAACGCCAAACAAGCACUGGAAAAAUUGGAAGAAAAAAUCAAGGACAAGUCCAAAAUGAAAUACAUUCAAGUCAUUCCCUUGGACGCCACCAAGGACGACAGUGUCAAACAGGCAGCCGCAACCGUCAGCACAUUUCUCAAGGAAAAAUCCUCCUUUCUCAGUGGCGUCGUCUGUUAUCACGGCAUUGGAUACAAUGGACCGCUACCCUACAUGCCCAUGAGUUUGUACCAAACCCAAAUGGAUGUCAACUAUUUUGGUAAUAUUCGCAUGACACAGGCAUUCUUGCCACUCUUGCAGAGUACGACAAAUGCAACCACGCACUUUCGGCGCAUGAUUUUCACGGGAACGGGUGGGGGACCAUGCACGCCGUGUCCCUCGCUGCUCAGUGCCUACAUGAGCUCCAAAUUUGCCGGAGAAGCCAUGGCACAGUGUCUCAAGCAAGAAUUGUACAUGACUCAAGGAGAUGGACCCAAAAUUGAUGUGUCGGUCAUUAAUCCUGGAUUCGUCAAGCCCACACAGCUAAUGGCAGAUGGCAUUAAACUGACUGAAAAAAUGUGGAAAAUGUGCGAAGAUCAAGAGGGAUCCUCCAUUGCCAAGGAUACCUACGGAAAAAUGAUGGAACACUUUCAGCUCUAUGCCGAAUUGCAACCGGGAACACACGUAUCCGAAGUCAGCAAGGCGGCCGAACAGGCUCUGACGGCACACUCGCCUCGCUCCAGUUACAAGGUUGGCAUUGACAGCAAAUUGGCGCCCAUUGUCGGCAUGUUUCCCACGGGAGUGCGAGAAUGGAUUGCCAGAAAUGGAAUUUACGGCGUCUUGAGUCCAGCCAAGACUGUGCCAGGAUAUAGAGUCUAAGUAGACUAGCAAGCGGUUGGUUGGCAAAGUGAAGCAAACAGGAAAAUGACAAUAAGCAAUGAAAUCAAUCAACCCAACAAUCCAAGAGACUGAUCCCUGAACGUGAUUAUUUACUAGCUCUUAGUUGAUGGGAGGUCAUAAUGGUAGGAUACUUUCACGGUGAAUACAGAAUAGUAUUUGCAGUCAAGUACUCUACCGUACAAAGUACAAGUUAGGUAGUUGUCCAGAUCGAGGCUAAUUUGGUUGGUGCAGAUUCUCGACGCCAGUGGCUGCCAUCCAAGUGCUGCUUUCGUACCGGUACCGUUCUGCGAGCUGUGAAGGACAUAAAAGGGAAAUAAACAAGACAGUACCGGUAGUACCAUGAGAUGAGGUCAUUACACCGGUAAAUCGCAUUGUGACAGAGGAACCGGAAAACCAAAAGGCUAGAAGUAUGCCGUAGUACUUGGUGUUUUGUUUACGUAC